UCGAUUCUAAGAGUUUCGUGGCAAUUUCACUCCAGCUGUCAUUAUUUGCGGUAGUUAGCCUUUAACGAGAUGUUGCUAAGAUGAAAUUCGAUAUAGUGGAUUUCUACAACGAGCCGCCAAUUAGAUAACACAGCCUGUGAAUUCUGCAAGAUGCAGAAAAGCCAAGAGAACAUAUUAAAUCAUGGCACAGAGGAUGAAUUGGUAUGCACAGGGUAUAGGCGUAGCAUUCCGAAGACCAUACUCUGUGCCUUUCUGACAAUUAUCACGGUAGGGGCACUUCAGCUAGUCUUCUACUGGAAGCCAGAGUGGCGUCUUUGGUGCACCUCCUCAAAAUGCGCAUUAAAGAGAGCUACAAAAGUCCUUCUGCAGGACCAAUACAAGGUGCUAUGUGUGGCAGGGAUCAAGGCAAGACCACUCUCAGCAGCAGCCAUAGAAAGCCUACAUAUUAACAGCACCCCAACGCCCAUGACCUCUUUGGUGCAAGAGUGUGACCAAGAUCCAAACCAAGUCAGCGUUUUCUAUAGCACCAGCACAGAACGCCACAAGUACACCUCGGAAAGCACCGACAUCGCCGCCCCCGUGACAGAGGGAGGAGACGACGUCAACAAUGGCGGGAGGCACUCGCACCUCUGGUCGUACUCGAGCAUGGAUUCCGAUGAGGAGAUUGAUGACACCAAGGCGCUCAUCAAUAUAAAAAAGACAGAGACUCGGAACAGUUUUCGAUACUUUGAACAUCACAAGCUGUUGUAUUACUGGAACGAGCCUUGCGACAGCUACCUCAGGCUGUAUGCUCUAGAAGAAAAUACUCCAUGCUCCUCGAUCUACAGUUACAGAGGCUUCAACAGCGACCAAAAACAACAGAGGCAAGACAUUUACGGGAGAAAUGUUAUUGAUGUGGAAGUCCCUUCUUACCUGAUGCUGUUUGUGAAAGAGAUCUUGAAUCCGUUCUACAUCUUCCAGAUUUUCAGCAUCAUUUUGUGGAUCAUGGAGAAUUAUUUUGUCUAUGGUGGCUGCAUCGGGGUCAUCAUCAUCAUCUCCCUCAGUGUGUCGCUCUACGAGACAAAGAGACAAUCGAUUGUCCUUCAUGACAUGGUGGCCCAUGAAUCUACUGUGACUGUAUGCAGAAAUGGAACAGAAGAAGAGAUAAAUUCUGGUGAUGUUGUUCCUGGUGAUUUGAUCUACAUCCCACCCCAUGGUUGUAUAAUGAGCUGUGAUGCUGCUCUCAUCGGCGGAAACUGCAUUGUCAACGAGAGCAUGCUGACAGGAGAGAGUGUACCAGUGACCAAAACGCCCCUCCCCAGCCCUCCCUCUACCGAGGGGGAGCCCCCACAGUACUAUUCCCCGGAGAAUCACAAGCGACACACCCUCUUCUGUGGUACAAAGGUCAUCCAGACCAGGUACUACGGCUCGGAGAAGGUCAAGGCCGUUGUCGUACGCACAGGGUUUUCUACAAUGAAGGGUGACCUUGUUAGGUCAAUCUUGUUCCCUAAACCAGUUGGAUUCAAGUUGUACUCAGAUUCUAUGAAGUUCAUUGGGAUCCUUGCAAUUUUGGCUUCAAUUGGAAUCAUAUACUCUGUGGUGGUUUUAGUGAUGAAAGGUGCCAGGAUAUCAGACAUUGUUUACAAAGCUCUGGACAUCAUCACGGUGGCCGUGCCCCCUUCACUGCCGGCUGCCAUGACAGUAGGGACGGUCUAUGCUCAGCAGAGGCUGAAGAAAGGCAAGGUGUUCUGUAUCAGCCCGCAGAGGAUCAACAUUUGUGGGAAACUCAAACUUGUCUGCUUUGACAAGACUGGGACUCUGACGGAAGAUUCUCUGGACCUUUGGGGCGUGGUACCCCUCCUGGACCGCAUCUUCCAGCCGGUUGUCCAGGCAGCCAGCACCCUUCCUAGAGGGCCAUUCCUAGCUGCGAUGGCCACCUGCCACUCUUUGACCAGGAUCGAUGGGGAGCUGGUCGGAGACCCGCUGGAUCUCAAGAUGUUUGAGGCUACGGAUUGGGAACUUGAAGAGCCUGGUCCUGAUACCAGUCGAUUUGACAGCCUCAUACCAACAGUUGUCAAACCAAAGACCAAUGACACAUUGUAUGCAGCAAGUGCAGAAGGAGAGGAGGAGUUUGAGAUCGGGGUAGUGCGGCAGUUUCCGUUCACAUCCAGCCUGCAGAGAAUGUGUGUGAUCACCAGAACGAUGGGAGCCAAACACAUGGAUGUAUAUGUGAAAGGAGCCCCAGAGAUGAUUGCUUCAUUAUCAGAUCCAAAAACAUUACCGGAGGAUUUCCAGGAAGUGUUGCAGAACUAUACCCAGCAGGGCUUCAGGGUACUGGCCCUCGCUUGGAGACAGAUGGAUCCCAAUUUCUCCUGGCAUCAUUCUCAGAAAAUACAGAGAGCGGAGGUUGAAUGCAAUCUGACGUUCUUAGGCCUCCUCAUCAUGCAGAAUGCCCUCAAACCAGUCACCACGGAAAUCAUCAAACAGCUCAACGAUGCUAAUAUACGCACCGUCAUGGUUACUGGUGACAACAUGCUGACCGCUAUCAGCGUGGCAAGGGAUUGUGGGAUGGUAGGUCGUAGGUCAAAGGUCAUCGUCAUCAAUGCCCAUCCUCCCCAAGCUGACCUGCCUGCCCGUAUCGAGUGGAGCUACGACACCAUGCCCGAUAGGAACUCAGAGUGCCUUUCAUCCAAUUCAGAAUCUUACCAAGAAGACAUCGCAGUCGGCCUAGAGCAUGAGAAGUAUCACUUUGCGGUCGCUGGCAAAUCGUUCGCUGUUCUCAAGAGUCAUUUCCCAGACCUCAUGGACAAGAUUGUCCAGAGGGGAACAGUUUAUGCUCGCAUGUCCCCGGAUCAAAAGACACAACUUGUGGAAGCCUUGCAAAGUUUGGGGUAUUGCGUAGGGAUGUGUGGUGAUGGAGCCAACGAUUGCGGAGCGUUGAAGAUGGCCCAUGCAGGAAUAUCCCUCUCAGAGGCAGAAGCUUCCGUUGCGUCCCCAUUCACCUCGAUGGUGCCUGAUAUAUCGUGUGUGCCUAACGUCAUCAGAGAGGGAAGAGCUGCUCUGAUGACAUCCUUUGGUGUUUUUAAGUACAUGGCUCUCUACAGCGUCAUUCAGUUCACUUCAGUCAUGCUACUCUACUGGAUUGAUUCCAACCUUGGUGACUGGCAGUUCUUGUAUGUUGAUCUAGUCAUCACCACCACAGUCGCUGUCCUCAUGGGAAGAAAUGAAGCGUACCCCAAGCUUGUGAAGCAACGUCCCCCGGGGAGCAUCACCAAUCCCACCAUCCUCGUCUCAAUCUUAUCUGAGAUACUGGUGGUGGCAGCGGUACAGACGACGGGAUACUUUCUCCUCCUCACACAGCCAUGGUUUACACCCCUGACGCCCAGUCAUGACCCGGAUGACAACAUCCUGUGUUACGAGAACUCUGUGAUAUUCCUCAUCUCGUCGUUCCAGUACAUCAUGCUGGCAGCGGCCUUUUCCAAGGGAAAGCCUUAUCGUCUUCCAAUCUGGACCAACGUCCUGUUCCUGAUCGCGCUCAUCGUCCUAGUAUCCACGACUGUGGUGAUGCUGUUCUUACCAGUUGAAUGGUCGAUCUUCACAAACUUCCUUCAGUUGAAGCAGAUUGCUCCCGUCAGCCUUCAGUUUACCCUCGUCAUUGCAGCUCUGGUGCUCUUCAAUGCUCUGUUUGCCUUUAUUAUGGAGACUUGUGUGGUUGACCUACCGGCCCUCAAACGUGUCAUUCGUCCACUGCGAUGCAAGAAGGGGCCCAAGAACCGCUACAAGCUGGUCGAAGCCGACCUCACCAACGACCCCUCCUGGCCCCCUGUCGGACAUACCUCAAGCCCCCACAAUAAGAUAUUCAACGUAAGCAUCAACUCUGUGUGAUUCUCCAUCAUGUUAUUAAAACCAGAAACUUUACGAGUUCUGCUAGUGGUUCAUGGACAACACACUUCAAUGAUGUGGAAAUAGCUGAAGCACAAUUGACAUGAAAGAUAUUCAAUGUAAGCAUCAAUUCUGUGUGAUUCUCCAUCAUGUUGUUUGUUGAUUGUUUUUCAUUAUUUUUAUAUCAUUUGUAUAUUUUGGAAAAAGGUAAUUUUAGUUUUUUUGAUAUAUGGCUGUUAUAUGAAAUGGUGGUAGGAAUGUAUUUAACACAGUAUUUUAUGUAUAUAAGGUGGAGGAAGAUAAUUAUAAGGGAUAGACAUUUUUAAUUUGCAUAGAUAUCUUCUAACGUUGCAAUGAUUAGAUCAAUGACACUUUCCUUUGAGUAUGUGAUAAUUGUUUAUAUCCCAUCGUCGUUGAAACUCAAGAUUAUCUUUGAUGAAUUAUAUCAUAGCAUGUAGUUUAUAUUCUUGUGUUAGUUAUUUUUUUAUGGGGAAAAAAACAAUGAUAUGUAGAAUGGUACCAAAGAGGUGUGUCUAGAAGGCAUUGUUUAACAAUGUUUAAUCUGAGAUGAAUGGCCCUAC